CAAUCAGCUGUCACUGGCGGAGACGAUUUGAAAUUGAAGCGGGCGGAAGAGAUGAGGGGACAAUAACAAACAGAGGGAGCUCUGUUGCCUGAACACUAGCUAGCUACUUGGUUUUUAUUCUAAUGGAUUUAUAUUCACGUUUAACCAACAUACAUGCGUCCGUCUUACAUAUUUUUCAUGCCGUCUAUUGUGGGUGGCUAGAGCAACCGGAGUGAAGUUGCCGUUAGCUAACGUUAGCCGGUGAGCUCAUUUCUCAAGUUUUUUUGUUUUAAGCAGCAGACUGCCAUGUCGUUAUUUAGUGUACAAGCGAGGAAGCAUACGACUUAUUAUGACCAUCUAAUGUCAACAUCAUCAUCAUCAUCCAGGACACCGGGCAGAGAGCGCCUGGCAGAGAAAAAAGCGACGGACACAACGGGAGGCAUAACAUCCGGAGACUCUACGUGUGAAAUCAGCAGGUCAUCUGAUAAAAGCCGAAACAGGACUUAUGUCAUCUCUGCGCUGUCAAAAAGCGGCGGCGGGCAGCAGACUCCUUACCGUAGCCGACUCACUCUGCAGAGGAGGUCAAGGAGGAAGACGGGGUCUGAAAAGGCGGAGAUAACGAUGGUUGAAAGCAGCCAGAAUACCACACCAGCUCCGGAGAAGAGACUGACCCUGCAGCGCAGGACCAGGACUCCGUCAAUGGAUAAAAGCGCACACGGGAAGCGUGAAGUUAGCGGCACUGGCAUGCAGCCAACGCCGAAAAUUCUCAGUGAACCAAAUGGUAGAGCAGCCGGUGUGUUCCGAUCUAUGAGUUUAAGAGACACUGCCUGUAAGAGCAAAGGAAAAGAAACCGCUGCUCCUGUGCAAACACAUGGAAGGCUGGCGCACAGCAGAACGCCCUCUUCUUCUACCACAAGUAGGCAGCUAGAGGACCAGGCCCAAACCCCUACCAAAAAGACCCCGUUUGAGAAAAUCGCCGCCAAGAGAGACGUGUUCGAGAGACUGGCAGGGAAAGACGCUCCUAAACCAGUGGCAGUCAAAUCUGCAAGUCUAGAGAGGCCCAAAUCCCGAGCACAGCAGGCGGAAGACACGAAACCUGUCCCAGCUCACCGUGUCAACAAGGCGUACACAGGUGUGCACAAGCCAAACGCAGCGUUGCAGGUGAGAAAGAGAUCCGCCUCAGUUCAAAAGGUGGACGUGACCCAAACCAGGACAUCCACCCCUGCUCCUGCUCAAGCCCCUACCGAGCAGCUCCUGUCCCGUCCCAGCGAGGCUCCGAAGCAGCACGAUUCAUUAAAGAUGGAAAACAGCGCAGUGACCGUUGCAGUCCGUGUACGCCCUUUCAAUGCCAGGGAGAAGGCGGAGAAGGCAUUGCAGGUCAUCUUCAUGAAUGGUCAGGAGACUGCUGUCCAGCAUCCGGACUCCAAACAGCGCCACUCCUUCAACUAUGACUUCUCCUUCUGCUCGGUGGAUGAGGGUGACCCCACUUUCGCCAGCCAGCAGACGGUGUACGAGACUCUGGCACAACCUCUGCUGCUGAGGGCCUUCGAAGGAUUCAACACCUGCCUGUUUGCCUACGGCCAAACAGGCUCUGGGAAGUCGUACACGAUGAUGGGCUUUGGAGAGGAGGAAGGGGUAAUCCCGCGAUUUUGUCAGGAGCUUUUUUCUCGAUUGCCAUCCAUGGAAAAUGAAGAGGUCAACUGUCAUGUAGAGAUGAGCUAUUUUGAAGUGUACAAUGAGAAGAUCCAUGACUUGCUGGUGACCAGAGAUGAGCCAAACCAAAGGAGGAUGCCCCUGAGGGUGAGGGAACAUCCUGUUCAUGGUCCCUAUGUUGCUGAACUCACUGCGAAUAUUGUGAGCUCUUACAAUGACAUUCAGGGUUGGCUAAAGCUGGGCAACAAGCAGAGAGCCACAGCAGCUACAGGAAUGAAUGACAAGAGCUCCAGAUCUCACUCCGUCUUUACCCUGGUUAUGACCCAGACUCAGACUGAGUUUGUGGAGGGCGAGGAACAUGACCAUAGUACCAUCAGCAAGAUCAACCUGGUGGACCUGGCAGGCAGCGAACGCUCAAACUCUGCCCAGACAAGUGGAGAUCGACUCAGGGAGGGUGCGAGCAUCAACAAAUCCCUGCUUACCCUGGGAAAGGUCAUCUCUGCCCUGUCAGAACAGGCACUGACCAGAAAGAAGGUCUUCAUACCGUACAGAGAGUCUGUCCUGACAUGGCUGUUGAAAGAGAGCCUCGGUGGUAAUUCCAAGACGGCCAUGAUCGCCACACUGAGCCCAGCCGGCAGCAAUGUGGAAGAAAGCCUAAGCACUCUGCGCUAUGCCCAGCAGGCCCGCACCAUCAUUAACGUGGCAAAAGUCAAUGAGGACACCAGUGCCAAGCUCAUCAGAGAGUUGAAGGCGGAGGUGGAGAAGCUGCGAGCAGCCCAGACGAGCUCCCAGGGCAUCGAACCUGAGAGGGUCCGGCUGUUCCAGCAGGAGAUCUCCGGCCUGAGGAACAAACUCUGUCAGCAAGAGAGAGAAAUGGUUGAGGCUAACCGGGCAUGGAGAGAGAAACUGGAGCAAGCUGAAAUCCGCAAACGUGAAGAGACCAAAGAGUUGCAGAAAGCAGGCGUGACAUUCAAAGUGGACAAUCGUCUACCUAACCUGGUGAAUCUGAACGAGGAUCCUCAGCUGUCUGAGAUGCUUCUCUACAUGAUCAAAGAGGGUCGAACCACAGUGGGCAAGCUCAAGUCUGAGUCUCGGCACGACAUCCAGCUGACAGGAGCCCUCAUCGCGGACCAACACUGUGUCAUAACCAACAUCCAGGACACUAUCAGCAUCACUCCAACAGAAAAUGCCAAGACCUUUGUUAAUGGAAACCUCAUAUCUGAAUCCACUGUCCUACACCAUGGCGACCGGGUGAUUCUCGGUGGAGACCACUACUUUCGCUUCAACCAUCCAGCAGAGGUGCAGUCUGGGAAGCGGGUGUCAUGCUGGACAGGUGCAGGCGAUGGCCAGAAAGACUUUGAAUUCGCCAAAAAUGAGCUACUCGCGGCUCAAAGAGCUCAGCUGGAGGCAGAAAUUGAAGAAGCCCAUUUGAAGGCAAAAGAAGAGAUGAUGCAGGGAAUCCAGAUGGCAAAAGAGGUCGCCCAAAAAGAGCUGUCUGACCAGAAGGCGCUUUAUGAGGACAGGAUCCGAGCCCUGGAGAGAGAGCUGGACGAGGAGACUGAGCGAAAGCUUCAACAGGAGUUGGACCAGCAGAGGGUUGCCAGCCAGAUGGCAAAGCUGCAAAUGGCCAAGCAGGAGCUGGAGCAGGAGGUGGACACCCACAAGAAACGAGUCCGGCUGCAAAUGGAGGCCCAGGCGAUGGAGGAACACGGUGUGUGUCAAGCGAAGAUUGUUGAUGCACUGGAGGCGGAGAAGAGAAAGAUCGCCAAAGAGCUUGAGGAGAUGCAGAAGAAAAGAGCCUUAAGGCAAAAUCACACUCCCCGAAAAGUCUCUCCACAGUGGGGUGCCAUGAAGUUGUCUCUGAUGAUUGAGGAAGCUAAUAAGAUCAGUGCUAAACUGAAGAAACACACAGUCUUCACCAGACACGAAAGCUCCGAAGAUGAGAAACUUCAGCAGGGUGGUCUGCUACAGGUGCGGGUUCAAAACACAAAGCUGGGGAUCUCCACUUUCUGGAGCCUGGACAAGUUCCAAAACAACAUUGCUGCCAUGAGGGAACUCGAUCAGGGGGAUUCCACCUCUAAAGAUGACGAUGUGUUUUAUGGCCCUGAUGAUGAGUGGGAGCAAGAUAUAUCGGCCUCCUCUGCUUCCACCUCCUCCUUCUCACGCCGAAGGAGCAGAAGCUUGUUGAAAAGCAGAAGAAUCUCAGGGCGUCUCUACGAGAUCCGGGUCCAUCCCAUUCAGAGCCUCCACAACAGCUCCUCACAGUCUGCUGGCUUGAUGGGUGUGGCCAAACCGCCAUCCACCCAUUUGAGUAGCUCAGACUCUGCCAUGCCUGGCAUCUGCAAGGAGCUGAUUGGCCAGUCUGUCGCCCGUCUGCGUGGUUGUACUGGGACAGAAGAGAGCUUGGCAGACAGGUUGGUUUCUGAUCUGCACCUGAUGUAUUCGGCAGUCCAAACCAUAUCUGACCUAUACGACAGCCUGGAUGACGACAGCCAGGAGAACGUCUUUGUGUGUAACUUGGUGGCCCAGACUCAACUGGUCACGGCCACCACAGCCAUAGAGAGUGCAGUGCUGGUUACCAUGCAGUGGUUUGCCAGCGUUAAACUCUCCUCCAGCCCACUCUACACCAUCGCUGAGGAACUCAAGAGCCAAGUUAAGAAGAUGGGAGGAUUCUUCCAGCUGCUCAUUCAGGGUUGUGAAUCUGAGAUUACAUCAAUGGUGACAGAGGCACGGAGGAAGAGCAGUCGGUGCCUGGAUGCAGCAUUGCUUGCACUUGGCCACCUGGCGGCGGUGACAGGCAUGCCGCUGAAUGCUAUGGAGCGGGGUGUCCAGGCCACAGGCAAGGAAUCAGUUGUCAUGUGUCUGCUGAGAGGGACGGAUAAGGGCGUUGGCUCUCUCUUAGAGGAAAGUCUCACCAUCACCAGUGAAAUGCUGAGAGAGGCUCAGCUGGCCUACCCCAGGAACCCAGUCCUGCAGAGCCUAAAAUCCAAGACGCUUGACUUAGCCCGUGCUCUGCAGAACUACAUGCACUGCCAUAUCAGGGAGAGGGAGACGGACCCAGAUGAGGGGGAGGAGGCGGCGGAGGAAGAGGCCUCAGCUUCCCAUUUGCAGAAACUGAGGACUACAGUGACCAAGCUGUUCCAGCUGAACCAGGCCAUCAGACAGCUGCAUUCCUGUCUGUCCACCGCCCUGCGAGGAAAAGACCGAGACUCUAACCUCAGCAGCAGCAGAGAGCUGAUCUCCUCGUCUGCCAAGGCUGUCGGUGAGCAGAUCGCUGGUCUGUCCAAGGAGGGAGCACUGACGCCGUCCCUACAGCUUCCCUUUCUUCAGAAUGUCAUGGCUGCACGAGAUGAGCUCCACUCUGCCCUGCAGUCCCUGUCCUCCUGCUGGAACCAACAGGGGGCAGGAGAGAGCAGAAGUUCUGCCGCUUCAGAUAAGAGCACAGACGAGGAAAUCUUGAGUAAAGAGACUCGCAGUGCUGUUAGAAAUCGAGUCGUGAGUAAGAUUGUGUACUCUCUCCCUCCUGGUGUGUCGUCCAAAGGCAGCUUACAUUGGGUAUGAUUUAUGCUAUGUGUUUUUCUAUAUGAUGUGCUCACAUUAUGCACGAAUUACUGUAACAUUUUAAAUGCUGAUACAGAAAAAACUUCUGCUGGUAACACCAAAUGGGUCAUAGGCAUUUUUUGCACGCUCCGGUGUCACGUGCCUGGCAUCACAGGCAACAAUCACUGCAGAGACUUAUCCAAGUUGCUAAAAAAAUAAGUUAUAUUCAAGUUAUAUUACAAACUCUGCUUUCUAAAUGUGAGCAAUAUCUGGAUUUUUUACACAGCCUAUUUUUUCAAUUACAAAGAAAAUAAUAAAUGUGGGAAAAAUGAUGUGUCUGUGUAGAUGCUUCAAAAUUUCAGCAAUAAUUCCAGUCAUCGUGUCACUUCUUAUAUGGUGUAAAAAGCAGAGGCCGCCAAAUUGUUCUCUUUUGCAUUGUUUUAAUAAUUCAAACAUGCAUGAUUUCAAUAUGCAGCAGCUCAGGUACAGUGUUUUGUAAAAAAAAAAAUAGAAGAAAUAAUGACAGACUUUCUCCCCACUCUGUGCUGUAUAUGAUUUCUCUCUUGAAUGAAGGCAUAUUUUGUUCUUCCAUUUGCUCAUAUAUGUUGUAAAACGCGCUGCAGCUAUUUGCACUCAGGAGAGACUUGUGUACUCUGUGUUUCUUCUUAAUACAUGUACUUUAACAAAACAGUAUUGUAUGUCCUUUGUAUCACUUGGUAAAAGUUUGUAUCUACAGCAGCUUGUACUUCUGCAAUAAAAUCACUUGGCUGAAUUUGACAAAGA